AUGCCAGGAAAAGUUGCCGAGAAAAAAGCGGCUGCGCCAACUCUCGCUGGAAUCACCGUACAACGUCGUCUCAGUCAAUUGCCUCGUCAGUCAAUCAUAGCAGGUUUCCGGGAUGAAGAUCAAGAUUUGGGUAAUAUGCCUGAUCUAUUAGACGAAGGACUUCGAGCGGUUCGUCCAGAUGAUCAAUUAAAAUUAACAGAUGCAGAAUUAAAUGAAGAACAUACACGAAUUCUUACAGCGCGUAAUCCAAAUGCAGCUGAAAAUAUUGUUCGAUUCAGUUAUAAAGAGCGAACAUUUAAACCCAUUCCACAAGUGGAUCAAUUAGCUGUUCAUUUUCAGCUCGAUGGUAAUCUCAUUCAUAGAGAUUCAGAAGAAGGAAAACGACAAUUAAUUCGCGAUGCUGGAGAACAUGCAGCUGAAGAAGCAGAAGCGCCAGUAGCUGUUGUUCAAGAAAUAGCGAAAGAAGGUGAUGAUGACGAUGAAGAUAAAGUGAAAAAACCUGCUACAACUGGUGGUAAAGGAAAAAAACUUACAAAUCAAUUUAAUUUCAGCGAACGAGCAUCUCAAACAUAUAAUAAUCCGUGUCGAGAUCGUGAAACAUUUGUUGAACAAACACCACGAGUUGUUUUUAGUGACAAUGUUUCACAAUGGUCAAUUUUCGAUGCCUACAAUGAAGAUUUUGAUCAACAACAAAAAGCAAAAGAAAAAGAACAUAAGAAAAUCGGAGCCAAAAAAGAUGAUGAACGAAAAAAGAAAUUUGUUGUCACCGAACAAUCAGGUGAUGAUAUGGCUAAAUUAGCUCGAUCGAAAUCAGCUAGUAUAUCACUUAAAAUACUUGAACGUAUGAUUAAUCAAAAUACUUUUGAUGAUAUUGCACAAGAUUUUAAAUAUUGGGAAGAUGCAGCUGAUGAAUAUCGUGAACAAGAAGGUAGUCUUUUACCAUUAUGGGUUUUUCAAUAUGAAUUAGCAAAAAAACUUGCUUGUACAAAUUUGGCUUGGAAUACAUUUUAUACGGAUCUAUUUGCUGUUUCAUUUGGUUCAUAUGAUUUUCUUAAACAAAGUCGUGGAAUGUUUCUAAUUUACUCAUUAAAAAAUCCAAGUUUUCCAGAAAAUAUUUUCUUUGCUGAUACUGGUGUUAUGUGUUUGGAUUUUCAUCCAAAUCAUCCGAAUUUACUUUGCAGUGGAUUUUACGAUGGGUCAGUUGCUGUUUAUAAUAUAGCAGAAGAAAAUAAACGACCCAAAUAUCAAAGUACAGCUCGUAACGGCAAACAUACAGAUCCUGUUUGGCAAGUACGCUGGCAAAAAGAUGAUUUAGAUGGAAAUCUUAAUUUCUAUUCAAUAUCAUCCGAUGGUCGUAUUGUUUGUUGGACUUUAGUUAAAAGUGACUUAAUGUAUUCUGAUGUUGUUCAAUUGAAAUUGGAAAAACCAGCAACUGAAUCCGAUGAAGGAGUUUCAUUAACAACACUUGGAUGUGGAACAUGUUUCGAUUUUAAUAAGCAACAAGAUUAUUUAUUUAUUGUUGGUACAGAAGAAGGAAAAAUUCAUAAAUGUUCAAAAUCAUAUAAUAAUCAAUAUUUGGACACAUUCUAUGCACAUAAUAUGGCUGUUUAUGCUGUACGCUGGAAUACAUUUCAUUCAAAAAUCUUCAUUAGUUGUUCAGCUGAUUGGACUGUUAAAGUUUGGGAUAUCAAUUUCAAAGAUCCAUUAUUUGUCUAUGACCUUGGCAGUGCAGUUGGUGAUGCUGCUUGGGCACCUUAUUCGUCAACUGUAUUUGCUGCAUGUACAGCUGACGGAAAAGUUUUUGUAUUCGAUUUAAAUGUUAAUAAAUAUGAACCACUUGCUGAACAAAUCAUUGUACAAAAGAAACGUACAAAAUUAACACAUAUUGCAUUUAAUCAACAUUUUCCAAUCAUACUUGCUGGUGAUGAUCGUGGGAAUAUAACAUCGGUGAAGCUCUCACCAAAUUUACGUAAAAAACCAAAAGCUAAAAAAGGUCAAGAAGUAGCCGAUGGAUCAGAAUUUGAAAUUGCUAAAUUAGAUAAAAUUCUUGCAUUAAUCCGAGAUCCUGACGAUGCAAAAACGAAACCUACACAAGGACAACAAAGCACCACAGCAGCUGCUAAUACCAGUUAA